CUUAUUUUAUCCGAAACAAGACAACACAACCAAACAAACAAACAAACAAAAUACUUGUGCAAAUCCUCUAUCAUUGAGUUGAAGUUGCUACCAAUGCCAAGUUUGCCAACUCUCUAAGGUUCUUCUGCAUGUUCAGUUCAUCUCAUUUCUUUUCUUGUGUCCAUUCAUUUGAUGGAGCCACAAAGCAUAGUUGAUUUUGAUGAAGAAGCCAGCAACCCUUUACUUAGAAGAGCAAGUCCUGACACAGAAAGCCGUGAAGAUGCUGAGGCUGGGAAGAUUAGCAGCCCUGCUUCUUCUGGUGCCACAGCUUUGGUGAUAUUCAGCACUUUGAUAUCUGUCCUGGGUUCCUAUGUCUUUGGAACUGCAGUAAGUACAGAAAACUGUAACUUAACAGGAUUCCUCACAGAAUGUUAUGUUCGUAUGCAGGUGGGAUUUUCUUCUCCUGCUCAAUCUGGAAUUGUAAAUGACCUAGGCCUCUCAAUAGCUGAGUAUUCCGUAUUUGGUUCAAUAUGGACAAUUGGAGCAAUGCUUGGUGCAAUAAUAAGUGGGAAGAUAGCAGAUUUCUUUGGAAGGAGAGUGGCAAUGGGGUUCGCAGAAUUGUUUUGUCUUGUGGGCUGGACCGCAAUUUCAUUCUCACAGAAUGCUUGGUUGCUUGACAUUGGACGGUUUUUAGCAGGAUAUGGAGUUGGGAUUCUGUCAUACGUGGUACCUGUAUAUAUAGCUGAAAUAACACCUAAAAACCUUCGAGGAGCAUUUACAGCAGUCAAUCAGUUGAUGAUAUGCUGCGGGGGGUCAGUGAUGUAUGUUAUUGGAAAUUUCACCUCCUGGCGUACACUGGCUCUGAUUGGAACCAUUCCAUGUAUACUGCAGUUGCUAGGCCUUUUUUUAAUUCCAGAAUCCCCCAGGUGGCUGGCUAAGAUGGAUAAGUGGAAAGAAUGUGAAACUUCUUUGCAGCGCCUUAGGGGAGCCAAUGCCAAUAUUUCUCAAGAAGCAGCUGAAAUCAUAGAGUAUACUGAAAUGCUUAAACAAUUGUCUGACACUGGGAUGAUUGACUUAUUCCAGAGGAAAUAUGCUCACGGACUCAUUGUUGGAGUGGGUCUAAUGGUAUUGCAACAAUUCGGAGGGGUUAACGCCAUUGCUUAUUAUGCAAGCGCAAUUUUUGAGUCAGCAGGUGUUUCUAGUAGGACUGGGACUUUGGCCAUGGUUGUUAUUCAGGUUCCAAUGACCCUUUUGGGGACUCUCCUAACCGAUAAAUCUGGAAGGGUACCACUGCUAAUGAUUUCUGCAACUGGAACAUUGUUGGGUUGUUUCUUAACAGGAUUGUCAUUCUUACUACAGGACCUUCAACUCUGGAAGGACAGUCCAUUAUUAGCAUUAAUCGGUGUGCUGAUCUUUACAGGAUCUUUCUCAUUAGGGAUGGGCGGAAUUCCUUGGGUUAUAAUGUCAGAGAUAUUUCCAAUAAAUGUGAAAGGUCUAGCUGGAAGCCUGGUGACAGUUGUGAACUGGUUUGGUUCUUGGAUUAUUUCCUAUUCUUUCAAUUUCCUUACAAAAUGGAUCAGCUCUGCAGGGACAUUUUUCUUGUUCUCAGUCGCAAGUGGUUUAACUAUCAUAUUCGUUGCAAAGCUUGUUCCUGAGACUAAAGGGCGUACCCUGGAAGAAAUUCAAGCAUCCAUGGUUUUGUUUACAAGGAAAAGCUGAAAUUUCAAAUCCAUUCUUCAUGGUUGUAGAGGUGUACUGUUCUAUAUGCCUGUUGCUUUGAUCUGCAUAUCUACAUCUUGUUUUUGAGUUAAUUGCUGACAAAAGCACAGAAAAUAAAAAUCCAUACUUCUCCAUAUGAUUGUAGUGACUAUUUAUCAAUCCCCCUACAGAUUAAAAAUGCUUGGAGUUUUGAGUACAA